GAUAUAACCGCAGGCCAGUUUAACAUGUUUGCUCAGAGGCUGAGCAGGACCACAUGCCCUGGGCUGGCUUUUAACAGCUCAGUUUGGUUUGGUGAAGCCUGGCUGAGAGUAUUUAGCCUCAUCUAGCGGUAAAAUGUGAAACACACUCACACACACACGGUGUCUCGGCGGUAUGAGGGACUCCAGUUCAGUGGUGGGGGGAACAGGUUAGUAUUGUGAAAUGAGCUGUUUAAGUCAUGGCGAGGAAUGUGAUUCCGUGGAUUUGGCUGAGGAAGCACAUCUACAUACAGGCUCGGUUCUCUUACUUGCACAUGAAGUACCUGUUCUUCUCCUGGCUGGCCGUGUUUGUAGGAAGCUGGGUGAUAUAUGUCCAGUACUCCUCCUAUACAGAGCUGUGCCGUGGACAUGAGUGCAAAAACUCUAUUUGUGAUAAGUUCCAGAAGGGGGUGAUCGAUGGUACAGCCUGCAGCAGCUUAUGUGAGAAGGAGACUCUGUAUUUUGGGAAAUGCCUGUCUGCCAAAUCCAGUAACCAGGUGUAUUCUGGUAGCUGGGGAGAUUUGGAGGGCAUCAUUAAAUGCCACAUGGAGGACGUUCCUCACUAUGACCUGGAAGCAGAGCUGGAACCACGGAGAGAAUCUGCAGCCUUUAAUAGGCCCACUAAAGGCACAUCAGUGGAGAAGUUCAGAGAGAUGGUCCUGAGCCAUCUAAAGGCGAAGGUGGGCGAUCAGGCCAACCUGCACGACUUGGUGGGGCUCGUGCUCGGUGUGGCUGAUGCCAACAAGGAUGGUGAGAUCUCUCUGGCAGAGGCACGCUCAACCUGGGCUCUACUGCAGCUGAACGAGUUUUUGAUGGCGGUGAUUCUGCAGGGGAGGGAACACACUCCAAGGCUGCUGGGCUUCUGCGGAGACCUGUAUGUAGUGGAGAAGGUGCCAUACACACCACUCUAUGGCCUCAGCCUACCCUGGGCUGUGGAGUUAUGGCUUCCAGCAGGCCUGCGCAGGAGUAUGGAUCAGUGGGUGACGCCGUCAUGGCCUCGCAAGGCCAAAAUUGCGAUCGGUCUCUUGGAACUGGUGGAAGACAUCUUCCACGGGCCAUUUGGCAGCUUCCUUAUGUGUGAAGUGAAUGCAGCGUGCUUCGGUUACACCGAGCGCCACGACCUUAAGGUGCUGGACGCCAGGCGCAUUGUUCCUGAAGCUGCUUUCCAGAAAGUGAUGCGCGAGCAGCGGUGUGAAGUUGACACCGAUUGUCUAUAUGGAGUAGAUUGCCACACCACCUGUGACCUCACGAAGCACCGCUGCACCACCGAGGUGACUCAGCCAAACCUGGCCAAAGUGUGUGGUGCGCUGAAGGACUAUCUGCUCCACGGAGCACCGCCGGACGUGAAGGAAGAGUUGGAAAAGCAGUUGUAUGCAUGCAUGGCCCUGAGAGGAGCCACCGAGCAAAUGGAGAUGGAACACUCGCUCAUCCUGAACAACCUGAAGACACUGCUGUGGAAGAAGAUUUCGCACACAAAGGACUCCAAGUGAAAAUCAAGUUACUGUAGUUAUCUAGACAGGAAUCAAACCACAAAUGUGUCCAAUCGUAAACGGGGCUUUCUAAUUCAAAUGUUUUCUUAAAUUAAGCUACUCUGGGCUCCCAAGCGAGGUAUCAUGAUGGUGCAGUGGGUAUCAUUGCUGCCUCUUGGCUCCAGGAUCACGGGGUUGGUCCUGAAGUCAUGUUCCUCCCUGCGCCCACGUGGGUUUCCACUGUUUUCCUCCUACCUCCAAAAAAACUUGUUGCUAUUUGGAUUGGCUAUGCUAAAUUGCCCUGUGUGUGAACGAGUACAAGUAUGCGAAUAGUGCCCUGCUAUGAAACAGCUGAAAAUCAGGUAUGACUAACGUGAGAAAAUUUGGGUUUCAAAAAUUAAGCCAGUGAUAACGAUACACAAUCGGAGCAAACGCACCAUUCCGAGCGCUUGCCUGUAUACCUUGUUAUGGAAGGCACACUACAGAGAGAAACACUGAGAGAAAAUAAACACACCGGGCAUAAUGCCAGUGCUGAGAGAAAACUGACCUGCCACUGAAACAAUCUGCCCGAAGCAUCCCAGUUUCUGUACUAUAGAGAGGGGGUGAAAUAUUUUUGGAAGAUUUAUAAGAAAGCUUGUUCUAAUACCCUGUCUAUAAUUUAUUCCAAAUGUAAUUUUUGUAGAGACUGUAUGUUGUUGUAUAAACCAUUUUCAGCAGCAGUCGAGAAAGCAGACUUGAAUGCUUUUUUUCUUUUUUCUUUCCUCAGUAAAUAUGAGGCAUGAUAUAUUUAAGUUAGAAGCAUGUGAUCAUUUGCAGAACUUGUAGCAUACGUGUCUGUGAAUGUAGUUCUGAUUUGAGUUGGAAAGAUCAGGAUAACUAGUGGACAGAAAUCAAGCUGGGGAGUGGGAACUAAACAUUUGUCUAAACAAAGCCUUACCUGUUGUUUUAAUCAGUAACUGCAUAUGCCACUGCCCAUAACUCGUAUACAGAACAUUGUGUACUUCCAAAAAUAUGUAUUUUAAGAAGCAUAUUUGUCCACAAAUAAAGACUAUAUAAAACUGUUAA